AACCUACAGCGGGGACCGCAGGACAGACACACAACUCUGUGGAACGCUUGCAGUGCGAUACGAAUACAUUGUACGAAUAGAAGCAGUCGGCAGCGGGACGCGCCGCAUGCACGCGACCGACAAAUAUAAGCGGAGCGCGCGUCGACGCGUUUAUCAGUGCGCGGCGCCCGGCCGGCGUGUGCAGUUUGUGUCGAGUGCUGUAGUGCGAUGGCUGGCAAGGGAAGAGGAGGCACGGCGCCGGACGCCGACGCGCUCGAUAAGACCGACGGCAUUCAUGUUAAGAGCGUCAUUCCAAAGAAACGGCAAGAGUUACUCAAAUGGAACGGCUGGGGCUACCAAGACUCGAAAUUCGAAAUUAACGGCAUCAUCCAUUUUACCGGCGACCGGUACCCGAUUGGCGAAUUACAGUUGCCAUAUUUCACGCAGUUCGUCCACGAUACCUUUGCGCUUGAUUUAAAGAAACCCGCUAGAACUGCGCAGCCGCUACCGACUGAAGACGCGUACCCAUCGCGUAUCACCAGCGAACACAUAGAACACCUGAAGUUAGGAGUGGACUAUUCUAUAGAUGUGGUGGAUCGCAUUGUGCGAGCGCACGGCCAAACUUUGCACGAUAUUCAAACCUUGCGUGAAGGUAAGUUUGAACGUAUCCCCGACGUGGUGGUAUGGCCAAAGUGUCAUGGCGAUGUGGUCCGAAUCGUGGAUAUGGCCCAUCAGAACGAUCUGGUUAUUAUUCCCUAUGGCGGUGGGACAGCGGUUUCCGGUGCCGUGGAAUGCCCAGCACGUGAACCACGUUGUAUCGUGGCGUUGGAUACGUCCCAGAUGAAUCGCAUUCUCUGGGUGGACCGGGAGAAUCUUGUGGCUUGCUGUGAAAGCGGGAUUGUGGGACAGGAUCUGGAGCGGGAACUAGGGCGACUUGGAUUUACAACUGGUCAUGAGCCCGACAGUUACGAAUUUUCUAGUCGAGGUUGGGUAGCGACGAGGGCGUCUGGAAUGAAGAAAAAUGUUUACGGUAAUAUCGAAGAUCUGGUGGUGCAUGUCCGCAUGGUGACACCCCGCGGAGUGUUGGAGAAAAACUGCCAGGUUCCUCGCAUGUCCUGUGGACCAGAUUUUAACCACUUGAUCCUUGGAAGUGAGGGUUGUCUCGGUGUUGUCACUGAGGUGGUAUUAAAGAUUCGCCCGUUGCCGGAAUGUAAACGAUUCGGAUCGAUUGUUUUUCCUGAUUUUGAAGCAGGUGUACGAUGUAUGCGGGAAAUUGCGAAAGAAAGAUGUCAGCCUGCGUCUGUGAGACUGAUGGACAACGAGCAAUUCAAGUUCGGGCAGAGUCUCAAAGCGGUACCUGGAUUCUUUGCAUCAAUUAGCGACGGGUUUAAGAAAUUCUACGUCACCAAAUUGAAAGGGUUUGACGUGCAUAGCAUGUGUGUGAUGACGCUUCUCUUCGAGGGACAUCGGAAAGAAGUGGAAGCGCACGAAAAACGUAUCAAUGACAUUGCCGCCAAACACGGCGGAUUACCCGCAGGAGAAACAAAUGGUCUUCGCGGUUACAUGCUCACGUUUGUUAUCGCUUACAUUCGAGACCUGGGGUCGGAGUAUAAUAUUGUAGCUGAGUCCUUUGAGACAUCUGUUCCAUGGGAUCGUGCUGUACAACUCUGCAGGAAUGUGAAACACACCAUCGCACGAGAAUGCAAUCGUCGCGGGAUUACGCACAGUCUGUGUUCCUGCCGCGUGACGCAGACUUACGAUGCCGGAUGCGUGAUAUACUUUUACUUCGGCUUCCGGUACGGGGACCAACAAGAUCCAGUGCGAACAUACGCCGAAAUUGAGGAUGAGGCACGCGAGGAGAUCAUCGCUUCCGGCGGAAGCAUUUCUCACCAUCACGGGGUGGGAAAACUGCGCAAACGUUGGUAUCCUGCGACUGUGAGCGAAGUUGGCGUCGGCCUUUUCAAUGCCGCCAAGCGUGAGCUUGAUCCGCGCAAUGUGUUCGCAAUUGGAAACCUCGUCGAGGCCAAGUUGUAAUCGAGCACCCCACGCGCGCGAAAUUUGCGCGCAGCUCAUCAAGUACAAUUCUUAUAAGCAUCGAUGUUUGUAAAUUGCCAAAGGGAGUGAUGUUAGUUUAAUUGAGGAUUUGAUGUUGUAAUUUUUGGUGCCCAUGUGUGAUUUCUACCCAGGAAUGGCUGCUACUUAUUUUAAAAUUAAGCCGUAUUAUAAGUUCACACCGAUUUACACGAACCAGAGCAAUACGAGUAUUUUAUUUGCAUCCAGCGUGUUGGCGUACUUUUCAAUUUGCGAUUUGUACUCGAUUACGACACACAAUAAUUGCGCACCAAGCAGUGUCGACUAAACGAGUAGGUUACAAUUUUUGUGAACAUGCACAUUGUUAUUCUCAUGUUCGUGUCGCAUAAUAAUAAACAGAUGUGUUUUCAGUAUAAGUACAACACACAAGUAACAACAAGUCAAUUGUUUGACUCGCAAAUAAUUAAACAAUUUGUUUGACAUUCAUUAUAAUAAUAUUUUCUGUGUUUCUCAAGAAAAAAUAUUAAAUUUGCGUAUUAUUUCAAA